AAACCAGAAAUCAGGAAUUGUUCACUCUCUCCUCUCUCUCUCUGUGGGAUAUGGUUUUUUAGUUUAAAUUUGGUGACUUUGAGCUCUCAAAAGACACACGCAGAGCGAGAGAGAGAGAGAGAGGACUGAAGCGGGUGUCUAAAACAGCAGAAGACAUCUGUGUUCUGUCUUGGUGUCCUAAAAAGAAAAAAGAAGAACAACAACUUGAAAGAGAAAAACAAGAUAUGGGCACCACUGCUAAUCAAGAUCAAGCAAUCAAACAAUUGCAGUCCAUAAUGGACCAAAUAGAUGAGUCAAUGAAGAACACAUAUCAGAAUAUGCACCAGGGAUAUCCAACAGAAACUUUGGUGCGGUUUCUCAAAGCAAGGGACUGGAAUGGUGCCAAGGCUCAUAAAAUGUUGGUUGAUUGUUUAGAAUGGAGGAUACAAAACAAGAUCGAUGACAUGUUAGCGAAACCAAUUAUUCCCUCCAAUUUGUAUAGAGCAGUUCGAGAUUCUCAACUUUUAGGAUUAUCAGGCUACUCUAAAGAGGGUCUUCCUAUCAUUACCAUUGGUGCUGGGCUCAGUACAUUUGAUAAAGCUUCUGUACAUUACUAUGUGCAGUCACACAUCCAAAUAAAUGAAUAUAGAGAUCGUGUGAUAUUGCCAACUGCAACCAAGAAGUAUGGACGACAUAUUAGCACCUGUCUGAAGGUUUUAGAUAUGACUGGCUUAAAGCUUUCAGCAUUGAAUCAUUUAAAGCUAUUGACUACCAUGUCCACAAUUGAUGACUUGAAUUAUCCAGAAAAAACAGAAACAUACUAUAUUGUCAAUGCCCCAUAUAUAUUUUCAGCUUGUUGGAAGGUUGUGAAGCCUCUCUUACAAGAAAGGACAAGGAAGAAAAUUCAGGUGCUGCAAGGUUGUGGAAGAGAUGAAUUGUUAAAGAUUAUGGAUUAUUCUUCCCUGCCACAUUUUUGUAGAAAAGAAGGCUCUGGUUCAUCCAAGAACACUGAGGAUGGAAGCAAUUGUUUCUCCCCGGACCAUGCAUUCCACCAACAGCUAUACAGUUAUAUCAAACAGCAAGCUGAACUUCUGGAUUCAAUUUCACCAAUCAAACAGGGGUCAGUCCAUGUGGGUUUCCCUGACCCAGACCCCGAAGAUGCCAAGAUUGCUAAAACAAUAGAAUCUGAGUUCCACAGGCUCAGGAAUCUGAAUGGGCUAUCUAACUCAGUAAAUGGCCUUAAAGUUGAUGGUAACUAACAGAUGGAGAAGGGGCAGCUCUGACUCGUUGCAUAUUCAUGCCUGACUACUUUGAAAGCAGGAUUGUGUAAUUCAGUUAUUAUGUCAUUGCUUGUAUCAAGCUCGAUGCAGGUUUUGAUAAAGACGAAACUAAUCUGUAGGCUGACAAAACCACCUUCGAGUGGAUAAUUAUAUUCCAGUUUCAAAUAUCAGGAAGCACUUUUAUUGCUUCACACAA